AUGAAAAUGUUGAAAAUCCUACGUCAUGCCACACGCAAAAGUGCAAGAUUAACACUAUUUAAUCACCCACCCAAACAUAUCCUAUCCCACGCCACCAUAUCCUCAUCCACUUCACUCAACGCUCACUCUCACUCUCACUCAGUUCCAAUGUUGCCACCUGCCGGAACCAUCGUAUUCAACACCGUGGGAAGAACCCAAUACGGUUUCGACGUUUUCUCCGUCGACCUCAACCAUCACCAUCCUCCGCCUCACGCCGCAACAGAUCACCGCCUCACUGACGGCCUUUCAAUAAACCUCAACGCGCAAUUCAUUAACCACCAGAACGACGUCGUCUUCGUCUCCGAAAGAACCGGGUCGCCCCGUUUCUACCUUAUCCGACCCGAUGAUAAACCCCAACCUCUACCCUUUCUCCCCAACGCUCUCUUCCACGAUCGCCCAAUCAUUAGAAACGGAAACCUCUAUUUCGCUUCCACGCACGACCAACCUGAUGCCGUUUUCACCAGCUGGAGCGCUGUUUACUCCACCGCUGCCGAUGACGGCCCCAAAGUCACGAGACUCACCCCGCGCGGCGAGGUGGACUACAGCCCCGCUGUGUCCCUCACCGGGAAAUUCCUCGCCGUCGCAUCUUACCGCACUCGCCGGUGGCAGACCAACGAUUUCCGCGAACUCCAAACGGAGAUUGUCGUUUUCCCAGAGUCCGACCCGGGAAACCGAGUCAGGGUGAGCGAACGCGGGGGCUGGCCAACGUGGUCGGGAGAUUCAACGAUUUUCUUCCACCGAAUCGCGGAAGAUGGAUGGUGGAGCAUCUUUCGCGUCAAUUUAACCGAUUCGGAUGAUCUAACCGAAUUGCAAAACUCUUACUCGCCGAUUAGGGUGACGCCGCCGGGAUUGCACUGUUUCACUCCGGCAGCUUUCCACGACGGAAAGCGCAUCGCCGUCGCAACUCGCCGGAAGGAGAGCGAAUUCCGGCACGUCGAGAUCUUCGAUCUCGAAUCGCAAACGUUCCAACGAAUUACCGAAGAUAUAAACCCUAAUUUCCACCACUACAACCCGUUCGUCUCGUUCGACUCUCGUCACCUCGGGUACCACCGAUUCAGAGGCGAGUCAACUCAGGGCGAGACAAACUACCCGCACCUUGAUAAAGUUCUCUCUCCGGUUCACGAUUUACAGUUACUCAGACUUAACGGGUCGUUUCCUAGCUUUUCUCCUGACGGCGAUUUCAUCGCUUUCAACCACAGCUUCGAUGCUAACGCUAACGGCGGAGUUAAGAUCGUUAGAUCAAACGGUUCUAAACGCUGGACUUUACUGAAAGGACGAACGUGCUUCCACAACGUGUGGAGCCCAACGGAGAAGAAUGUGAUAUACACCUCCAUCGGUCCAAUCUUCGAAUCGGUUUCCAAAACGGUUCAAAUCGGUCGUAUUGAAUUCGACCCGGUUCAUUUAACAAACGACCGUGAAGAGGUUCCGUAUAAGCUAACGAUUCUGACGAGAGAGGAGACGGGGAACAACGCGUUUCCGGCGUGCUCCCCUGAUGGAAAGAAUGUGGUGUUCCGGUCUGGGAGGUCGGGGCAUAAGAAUUUGUACAUAGUUGACGGCGUUGAGGGGGAGUUGAACGGCGGCUUACGGAGGUUGACGGAGGGGGCGUGGAUCGAUACGAUGCCGUGUUGGUCACCGAAAGGGGAUUUCAUAGCGUUUUCGUCGAACAGGCAUGACCCGGAUAAUAGUGAGGUGUUUGGUAUUUAUUUGGUGAGGCCCGAUGGGAGUGGGUUGCGGAGGGUGGAGGUGGCGAAAGGAGUGGAGGGAGAGAGGGAGAGGUUGAACCACGUGUGUUUCAGCGGCGAUGGAGAGUGGCUGCUGUUCACGGCGAACUUGGGAGGCGUGUCGGCGGAGCCCGUGGGGUUGCCAAACCAGUUUCAGCCGUACGGAGACCUGUAUGUGGUUAGAGUGGAUGGGAGUGAGUUGAGGAGGCUGACGUGUAAUGCGUAUGAGAAUGGAACGCCGACGUGGCACGAUGGCGUUUUGGCCCUGUGCAGUGGAGGUGACGGUGGAAGCGACGAUUGGGAUGAGUUGAAGGGAGAGUUUCAGGAACCGCUUUGGAUCACCUGUGACAUUUGA